CCACUCCGAGGGUUUUAGUUGCAUUGCCAUCGCCAUUUCCAUUUCGAAAAGCCCUAGGGUUUUGCUUGGCCGACUCCUCUCUCGUGGUCGCAUCGCGGGAGAGCCGUGCCGUUUCUCUGAAGUUUGCAGCAAACUUUUGUAAUCAACCAUGGGUAAGGAGAAGGUCCACAUCAACAUUGUGGUCAUCGGCCACGUCGACUCCGGCAAGUCGACCACUACGGGCCACUUGAUCUACAAGCUUGGUGGUAUAGACAAGCGUGUCAUCGAGCGGUUCGAGAAGGAGGCGGCUGAGAUGAACAAGAGGUCCUUCAAGUAUGCCUGGGUCCUUGACAAGCUCAAGGCCGAGCGCGAGAGAGGUAUCACCAUUGAUAUUGCCCUCUGGAAGUUCGAGACCACCAAGUACUACUGCACGGUCAUUGAUGCCCCGGGACAUCGUGACUUCAUCAAGAACAUGAUCACCGGCACCUCCCAGGCCGACUGCGCUGUUCUCAUCAUCGACUCCACCACCGGUGGGUUCGAAGCCGGUAUCUCCAAGGAUGGUCAGACUCGCGAGCACGCCUUGCUCGCUUUCACUUUGGGCGUGAAGCAGAUGAUUUGCUGCUGCAACAAGAUGGACGCCACCACACCCAAAUACUCCAAGGCUCGUUAUGAUGAAAUUGUUAAGGAAGUCUCAUCCUACCUGAAGAAGGUCGGCUACAACCCUGACAAGAUCCCCUUCGUUCCGAUCUCGGGUUUUGAGGGCGACAACAUGAUCGAACGCUCCACCAACUUGGACUGGUACAAGGGCCCCACCCUGCUUGAGGCCCUCGACUUGAUCCAGGAGCCCAAGCGCCCGACCGACAAGCCCCUCCGCCUUCCUCUUCAGGACGUGUACAAGAUCGGUGGCAUUGGCACUGUCCCGGUGGGUCGUGUCGAGACCGGUGUUCUCAAGCCUGGUAUGGUUGUCACUUUCGGCCCAACCGGUCUGACCACUGAAGUCAAGUCCGUGGAGAUGCACCAUGAGGCUCUUCAGGAGGCCCUUCCUGGUGACAACGUUGGCUUUAAUGUUAAGAACGUUGCUGUUAAGGAUCUCAAGCGUGGCUUCGUUGCUUCCAACUCGAAGGAAGAUCCCGCCAAGGAGGCUGCGAGCUUCACCUCUCAGGUCAUCAUCAUGAACCACCCAGGCCAGAUUGGCAACGGCUAUGCCCCCGUCCUGGACUGCCACACCUCUCACAUUGCUGUUAAGUUUGCUGAGAUUCUCACCAAGAUCGACCGCCGAUCCGGUAAGGAGCUCGAGAAGGAGCCAAAGUUCUUGAAGAACGGUGAUGCCGGUUUCGUGAAGAUGAUUCCGACCAAGCCCAUGGUGGUGGAGACUUUCUCCGAGUACCCGCCCCUCGGUCGGUUCGCCGUUCGUGACAUGCGCCAGACGGUUGCUGUGGGAGUUAUUAAGAGCGUCGAGAAGAAGGAUCCCACCGGUGCCAAGGUCACUAAGGCUGCUGCUAAGAAGAAGUGAACAAUGGAUAUGGCAGAUGUUGAGAUCUUCGGGUGCUUCGUAUCAUUUAGCGUCGGUUUGGUUAUUCUUGUCGCGUGCUAUAGGUUUUGGUUAAUGCUGCUGGCAUUAUUGAGCAGCUUUUUACAGAACUGGGUACUUGAUAGGCGGUGGCAGGUCAAAGGCCUGAGUGUCUUAUCUAAUUUGAAGUACUUGAUUUCCUAUUAUAGAUUCUCUUAAAUAUUAUGAAUAUUAUUAUGUCAGUCCAAACACUUGAUUUCGAGUUAUUCAUUGCGUAUUGUUAAUCUUAAGUUUGCUGUCAAAAUUGCUCGUGUGGCUGAAAGAAAUUAUGUUUAUUGGCUU